AUGACUUGGAGGGCGUUUAAGCGAGAGAUGUCCUGGUGGACAAGCUCUCUGGACCUCGAGGCCUCGAAGAAGUACAACCUGGCGGCGCGCUGGCUGCUUCGCCAGAGCGGCACUGUGCGGCAGUUCACGCCCGAGGAGCUUGGCUACCAGAAGGAGAUCUCGCGCAAGGACCCCGAGACUGGUGAGCUGAUGGUGCUGACUGAGGAAGACCCUUUGGCCGGCAUCAACAAGCUCAUGGCGGCGCUCGAGCAGAUGAACGGCUUGACUUCUCUGGACAAGCGUGGCGAGCUGAGAUCGCAAUUCUACCUGACUUUGUCGCGGAAGCCGGGCGAGAGGGUAGCUGACUUCGCCACCCGCUACAGGACUUCCGUUGCGGACAUGAAGGCCGAAGGCAUCGUGCUCCCUGAUGGCGAACUGGGCUGGUGGCUGAAGGAGAAGCUUGGGCUGGACGCUUUGAGGAAGCAGCUGCUGGAAACCGCCCUUGCUGGGGCGGAGGGCUUUAACGUCAUUGAGGCCGAGAUCCUGCGGCUGUUCCGCGAUUUGCAUCUCCAAGAUCCUCUGUUCCGGCGGCUUGAGCGAGCCAACGAUGUUCGGGCCCCCGACUUCGAGCUCUACGGCUUCGACCUCUGGCGCGUCGGCGGCUCCUUCGAGGCGGUUGCGGAGACCGAGUUGGCCGAGGACUACGGCGAUGAUGGCCCGGAAGGCGAGCACCUGCCUGAAGAGGACAGCCAGGAGGAGGUGCUGCAGACUGAGGUCGAGAACUUGGCGGAUGAGAUCGCGCAAGCGGAGGAAGAAGGCGUCGACCCGGUGCACCUUGAGGCGCUGGAGUCUGGCAUCGAGGCGUCGGCUGAGGCUUUGGUGUCGAUGCGGGAAGCCCGGGUGAAGCUUGCUGAAGUUCGUAAGGAUCGUGGCUUCAAGGGCCCCCAAAGCCACUCGAGUGCCAAAGCAAAGGGCAAACCGGGCAUCCUGGCCAAGAAAGCGAGGUUCCCUUGCUAUGAUUGCAACAUGCCGGGGCACUGGGCUGGUGAUCCGGAGUGUACUCGUCCUGGUGCAGGUCUCAAGCAGGUUCGUCUGGCGGAGGCGGCCGGGAACGAGGUCUCCAACACCGAGGUGGUCAACGACGCUGGCGCUCACGAGGCUUUGGUGGCGGCUUUGUCGGCUUCGCGGGCGAGGGCUUGGGCGAACGAAGCGCUGGCGGCCACGAGCACUUUGGCUGAUAAGGCUUUGGUCGGCGCCUUGGAUUCGGCAUGCAACAGGACUUGUGCUGGUUCAGCUUGGCUCCAGAACUACUUGGACACCCUUGACGACGCUCCUGCCGAGAUCCGCGGCUUGAUCGACCAGGUUGACGAGGUCGAGAACUUUCGGUUCGGAAAUGGAGGAACCAUGCCUUCCAGAAAGCGCUGGCGGGUCCCGGCUUUCAUCUGUGGCAAGGUCGUCUGUGUUUGGAUUUUGGUGGUGGACGUGCCCUCGCUGGGCUUGCUGCUGGGCAGGGACUUCCUGGACGCGAUCGAGGCGGCACCUCCUGCAGACGAGGUCAACGAGUCGCUGGCGAUCACGCGAUGGCGGCUGGUGGUGCGGAUGGAGCGACGCCUGGAGUGGGCAAAGCGCGGGGCGGAGUCCAUGAUCCAAUCCGGGGCCUGGCCUCGGAAAUGGCUGGGGCGCACCGCCUUCACCGCGGCGACUUUGAGUUCCCUGACUUGGUUCCGCAAUCGAGUUGGUCUGAAGGACGCCUUUGUGGAGGACCCGAUUCUGUUGGGCAUGCUGGCGGUCCUCCGGAGCCAGGUGGCCGAGGCCCAGGCGCAGGCUGCUUGCCGAACGCUUCGGGGACUCCGCCGACUCCAUCGCCAACGCUCUCGGCUUGUUCGGCGGGGCCUCGGACUCUCGGACAUGAAUGCCUUCACGUCUCUGCUGGUGGGGCUGGAAGAGCGCAAUCGCGCCAUGACGCAGGCCAUGGACCUCAAGCCAGGGCACCACCUCGUCGGUGGCGACGAGAUGGAGGAGACGGGCGCGGACCCCCGCGUAGAGGAGCUGAAGCUGGACGGCGAGCGAGUCAAGGCAGGGCAGCGCCAGCUGAUCUCCCAGGCGUGGGACCGGCGCCGGCGGGAUCAGCUUCUGAUCAGUUGCACCAGCAAGCAGGUCAAGGAGGUGAUGGUGAGCGAGUUCUACGCCGAGCGGCGCCGAGGGAUGAAUGAGGCCUUCGUGAUGGAGAUCCCGAUGCUAGAUCUACACCGACACGGAGCCAGUGGUCAGGGCUGCUCGGAUCCGCGGACACACCACGGGCAGCACGCUGACAUUAAACACGGGGGUGGGACUUCUCGAGACGAGAUCACCGACAGCGUGCCAUCGAGAUCGUGCGGCGGGUUGGCCCGAGAGCAGGUGAAGGCAGGCCGUCACUUCUUGAUCGAGAAUCCGAAGAACUCGCGUGCUUGGAAGACUCCUUCGAUGCAAGCUCUACGGCGUCUUCCUCAAGUUCACGCUGUUGACCUGGACAUGUGCCGAUUCAAUCUUCGAGGUCCUGGCGGUCUACGACAUAGAAAGGCGACUCGGCUUUUGACUUCAAGCCAGGCCGUUGUCUCCAGCAUGCUGGCAAGGAAGUGCACCGGGAAGCACCAGCAUGAGCCGGUCAUUGGUGGAUCCAAGAUCACGGCGGCGGCAGGCCGUUACACGCGGCAGUUCUCCACCGCCCUGGUGCAAGCUUUCGAGGACCAGUUUAACUUCGAGACCGUGGCGGCCCAGGCUGGCGUCCAAUCCCAUGACUGCAUGGAAGUUUGUGGUGGCGCUGGGGCGGUCGACUUCUACCACGACGUCUUUGUGCAGGACGAGGCCCUUGAAGGCGGCGACAUUGGCCACGACAGCGACCUCGAUGACGACCUUGGCGCCCCAUAUGACGGCGAGAUCCCUGCCUCGGUGCGCUUGGCGGUGAAGCGGGUUCAUGAAGCAACGGGCCAUCGACGAGACGACGCCUGGCGCGUUGGAUCAUUGCCGGCUCCGAGGGCGGUUGGUGAGCAACUUCACUUGGACCUCCUGAUGAUUGACGACGCGGUGGGAAAGUCGCACGUCAUCGUCCACGCCGCCGACGCCAUUAGCAAGUACCAGCUGGCCUCGUUGAUACCGGACAAGUCCUCCAAGGAAGUCUGUCAGUUCCUGAGCCGCAUGUGGUUUCCUUUGCUUGGACCGCCGCGCACGAUAGUGAGUGAUCAGGGCCGUGAGUUCGUGCCCCUUCGGGUCAAUGGCGUUGCCGAGCGCUCGGGUGGCAUCUUGAAGACCAUCGUCGGGACCUUGGUCGCCCAGCGCGUGGUCAGCGGCGAGGACGGCGUGCGCGACGUCAUCGGCUUCGCUUGUGCGGCCUACAACGAGGAUGUCAAUGCGGAGGGCGUGUCUCCACUUCAGUGCGUCACCGGGCGGCAACCUCGACUUCAUGGAUCCGUUCUUUCGAACUUUCCCCAAUGCCUUCCCGAACACGGGCUGAUCGAUGCCGAGGCCAGCGCGUCUCAACGAGCUGCUCUCCGGGAAUCCGCCCGCGUGGCCAUGCUGAGGCUGCGCUACUCCCAGUCCAUUCGACGGGCUGAGCUUGCACGGUCCUGGGAGCCCACGAUACAGCGGGAGCUCAACCCUGGCGACGUGGUCUUCUUUUGGCGAGCGCAAAAGGCGGUGCGGAACAGCCGUCGCAAAGGAAUACUUGUUGCACUCGAGAAUAAGAAGGAUGCGACAGUCCCGGCCUCGGCUUUCAUUUCGUACCGUGGGCAGCUGACCAAAUGUGCGCUUGAGCAUGUACGGCCGGCCUCGACCCUGCAAAAGCUGGCUGCUGGAAGUUGGGAGGCUGCCAUCGAUGACAUGAUCCGUGAGCUGCCGGAACCCCCGUCUGAGUUGCCGGAUGGUGGCCUUACCCUUGUUGAGGAGGCUUCUGAUGGCGAGGCGGGUGCGGACCCCGAAACCAUUGCAGUGGUGAACAUGGCGCCGCCGACGAGUCGAGCGACUUCUUCACCUCCUGCGUCUUCGCAACCUUCUACGGCAACUCCUGGAACUCCCGUUGGGCACUUGCUGCAACGACCUGUUAUUCAACGUUCUCUCUCCCGUGCCGGUGGCUUACCUUUGGAGGCUGAGCUUUGCAACCGGGCACUUGGCCGAGGACAACCUGCUGACUUUCAAGCUGAACUUCAACGUGCCAUGGAACGUGGACGGCUUCGGCGCACCAGCUCCGAGGCAGGCCUUGACAUGGAGGGCAUGGACCGCCAGACGAGUCACUUGUCUUCAGAGCCUCCUGCGUCUGUCAGACGCCUGAACGCUGAGCCCUCGACUACGACCACUGGCGGACAUGUGGCCCCUUCACCUGACGCUCAACAACCGCCUGAACCUGUGCUUGGACUUCCGGCUAGCGCCACUUUGGCGCCUGUGACCGCUGCACCUGCUCAACAACCAGCUGAACCUGGGCCUGGGCCUUCGGACACGUUGUCAGCGUCUACACUUCGACCUCGUGGCUUGUUUGAGGCGCUCACCAUGACCAAGUCCGAGUUGGAGCGCAUGGCCAGUGAACAUAGCCAGGUACACCCCUUGCUCAAGAUCCAGGCGCAGGUUGAGAUUGAUCGCCAAACGCCAUGGUCCACCUUGGAAGAGGAGCGAGACCACGGGACUUGGGAUGGCAGAUGGAGCCUGCCGUCUCGCUCGCAGUGGGAGGCCAUCAAUGAUAUUGGCGCUAUGCUCCCGACCGGCGCCAGUGACGACCGUGAGGUCUUCUCGGCAACGGCUCGCAAGGAGUACCAGUGGACCAAGCUGUCCGAGGAGCGCAAGAAGCUUUGGGCUGCUGCAGCCGACAAAGGCUGGAGGGCAUACACUGAGAAUGCUGCCGUUGAGGUUUUGGAUGCCAAGCAAUCCGCAGCCGUGCGGCGCAACCUUGCGCAACGGGGGGAGUUAGACCGAAUACUCACCCCGCGCUUCGUGCUGACAGACAAGGCGGAUGGGGCAAGAACAGCCAGCAAUCCACUCCCGAUCGAGGCGUCCGCUCGCCUCGUCGUCCCUGGAUUCAGAGAUCGUGCGAACCUGGAUGGGGAAAUUCGAAAGGAUGCCCCAACGGGCUGUCGCCUGUCUCAGCACUUGCUCCUGUCACUCCUCGCCUGGCACGGCAAGGAUUGGAGUAUGCUUUCCGCCGACGUAGGUACACCAGCAUCGCUGCAUCAGGAGCCAGCGCCUCGCGACAUCGGCGUCCACAACCAGAACGCCGAUUGUUGGUUCGCAAAGGCAUAUUUGGACUCGCAGACGCGCCACGCGAGUGGUGGCUCAGACUCGCCAGGCAUGAUCGUAAGCCACGUGGACGACCUGCUGUUCGGAGGGGACAAGGCGGCUGAGGCAUCGUUGAUGAGCGUCGGUGACGAGCUCGGCUUCCGCGAGGUUAGCCGCGAGGACUUCGUCUGGUGCGGAAAGAAGUUUUCCCGACGUCCUGACGGAUCCGUCGCCAUCAGCAUGGGUGCCUACCGCCGCAAUCUUCGCCCGAUCCCUGUGCCGAGGAGCCGGAAGACGGACUUGUCUGCGCCGGUCAGCCCCAGUGAGCACAAACAGCUUCGUGCUUUGCUUGGUAGUUUCCAGUGGUUGGUGGCCCAGCUUCGGUUCGACAUGGCCUUUACUGUGUCUUCCCUCCAGGGCGAGAAACCGACUGUCACUUUCCGCCCUGUGAACCCGUACGCCGGAGGCCUGGUUGUAGUCACGGACGCCGCCCUGGGCAACGUCUCCGUUUCUGGGUCUGCUGAGGAGGCCCCGCUUAACAAGGUGUACAGCCAGGCGGCGUACUUUGUCCUGCUUGCGGACGAGGCCCUGCUUCGUGGAGAGCCAGGUCAGUUCAACCUGCUGGACUGCAGGUCGCACCGACUGGCGAGGGUAUGCCGGAGUUCGUACUCGGCAGAGCUUCUUGGAACGGAAGAGGGCGUGGACGCUGCUCAGCUUGCUCGAGGUUUUGUAAGCCUUGUUCGUGGAGGCAGUCUGCACCGCUCCUACGUCGACGCCGAGAUCAACUCCGUUGGCCUGGUGAUCGUCGUUGAUGCCAAGGACGUCCAUGACAAGGCCAGUUCAGACACGAGCUCUUUCGGCUCGCAGAACACUAGUGUGCGUUGGACAGCCACGUCCAACAUGUUUGCCGAUGCCGGUACGAAGCACAUGGACCUGGGACACCUACGUCGCACUUUGAAGUCCGGCAGGUGGAGCAUUACGUACAGCCCGGCCUUCGUCAAGCAAGUCUCAAAAGGAAAGAAGGCUGCUGCUGCUUCCUCUACUCCUACUCCGGCGGCUUCGCUCCCUGGAAAAGCGCUGGCGCCGGACGAUCCCAUGAUGGGAUUCCUCCUGAGGUUCGGCGAGCAGCGUGGCUGGCACUCGUUGCCUGACAUGGGGAUCAACGUGUCCCACGGUGCAAAGAGCUUUAGAGGGCCUGAGCCCCGCUUUAGUGCUGCUGCUUUUCCUUUUCGCACGACCUUUGGGCGAUACGAGCUGCCAACAGGCGAGUAUCAGUGGAGGCUCCUUGAACGGGACUCUCCGUAUGCCCGAGAAGUGAAUCAGCAUAAGAGGCUCGAAUUAGCGACUCCUGUGUUGGUCACUUGCUUCACGAAACUUGCAGACGGCAAUUAG